AUGUCGAACUCGGUCGUGGGCGGAGUCUACCAGCAAAUCAUGGAGAAGGUUAUCCAGGCGUCCCAGAACGACUUUGAGGAGUCGGGCGUCGACCAAAGCACUCUGGAAGAGAUGAAGCAGGGUUGGCAAGAGAGAUUGUCAGCGCUCAAGAUUGCCCAUCUGCCAUGGGACCCCGCCCCAGAGCCUGUCCGCCAGCCGGCUACGUUGCCCUCUAAUGUCAAGGUCGAUAAUGAAAUUCCACCGUCCACUGGGUCAGUCAACACGGAGGGCGGCUACCAGCAACCUAUUCCCAACUAUCCACAGGCCCAACCUGCGACCAACGGAUACAAUGGCGGUUAUGACCAAAAUUCACAGUUGGCGCAACAGCGGGCUGCUGCUCUGAUUCAGCAACGUGUGCAGCAGCAAGGCAAUGUACACCAGCAAAACUAUCCCAACAUGCCUCAACAAGGCCAUUUGCCGCAGAUGCCAAUGCAAGGUCAGCAGCAGCGCAUGAUGGCCCCUCAACAGCAGCAGCAACACCAACAGCAAAUGCAGCAGCAACAGCAGAUGCAGCAGCAACGACCUCCUCAUUCAAAUCAGAUGUACACAUCGCAGACGGAUGGCACUGAUGAUUCUCUGGCUGAUUGGGAGGCGUUCAAGGCUGCGCGUGCUGCUUCAGCUGUCGAGCGCAUGGCAGCCGACGACUUUAUGCGUGCCCGCGUUGAUGCCAUGGCGAUGCGCCAAGAUAGCGGCCUGAUGGUGCCUCUGGACUCGAUGCCGAAAGGCAAGAAGCGAAAGGCUGCUGUUCGUGUCCUACAAGCCGAAGAUGCUGCAGCUUCAACCAAUGUCUCCCCGCCUGCUCGCUUUGACGGUGACGACGACGUCAAGUUGGAGGAGGAUCCCGACGAUGCCAUCAAUUCUGACCUCGACGAUUCAGAGGAUGAGCUGAAUGACGGCGACAAUAGCGACGACGACAUGGUGGACUACAUGCUGUGCACCUAUGACAAAGUCCAGCGCGUCAAGAACAAGUGGAAGUGCACUCUCAAGGACGGCAUCCUCACCACGAACAAGAAGGAAUAUCUCUUCCACAAGGCAAAUGCUGAACUCGAGUUCUAA